CACCACCUCUAGAUCUAGCAUGAAGCGAGGCUGGGUGGGAGGAUGCGCAACACGGAGACCGGUAGAAGUCAGUUCUCACGCGUCGUUAACAGUAUGGCUAGUGGCUGAGGAUGUGGAGGAGAGGAGGUUGAAGAGCGGGAGACCUUGGUCGGAGCCCGGACUUUGUGGAUUGUAAUGUGGGCACGUAACAGGGACAACUCCUCGGCGCCUUCCGUGUGGGCAGGACUUCGUGCUCCCAUUUUACAGCAAGUGUUUAUCGAGGGCGUGUUAUGUGCAGACGCAGUGCCUGACGCUGGGGAUGCAAAGCUCCAUCGGGGCCAUGUCGGAGCGAGAAGAGCGGCGGUUCGUGGAGAUCCCUCGGGAGUCCGUCCGGCUCAUGGCAGAGAGCACAGGCCUGGAGCUGAGCGAUGAGGUGGCGGCCCUGCUCGCAGAGGACGUGUGCUACCGGCUCAGAGAGGCCACCCAGAAUAGCUCUCAAUUCAUGAAACACACCAAACGGCGGAAGCUGACUGUCGAGGAUUUCAACAGGGCCCUCAGAUGGAGCAGCGUGGAGGCUGUGUGUGGUUAUGGGUCCCAGGAGGCGCUGCCCCUGCGCCCUGCCAGGGAGGGUGAGCUCUACUUCCCCGAGGACCGAGAGGUGAACCUGGUGGAGCUGGCCCUGGCCACCAACAUCCCCAAAGGCUGUGCCGAGACAGCUGUGAGAGUUCAUGUCUCCUACCUGGAUGGCAAAGGGAACCUGGCCCCUCAAGGAUCGGUGCCCAGCGCUGUGUCUUCACUGACUGAUGACCUUCUCAAGUACUACCAGCAGGUGACUCGGGCUGUGCUGGGGGAUGAUCCACAGCUGAUGAAGGUUGCUCUCCAGGACUUGCAGACCAACUCGAAGAUCGCAGCGCUCCUGCCGUACUUUGUUUAUGUGGUCAGUGGGGUGAAAUCUGUAAGCCACGACCUGGAGCAGCUACACCGGCUCUUGCAAGUGGCACGGAGCCUAGUUCGGAACCCACACCUCUGCCUGGGGCCCUAUGUCCGCUCCCUGGUAGGCAGUGUCCUCUACUGUGUCCUGGAGCCACUGGCUGCCUCCAUCAACCCGCUGAAUGACCACUGGACUCUGCGGGAUGGAGCUGCCCUCCUGCUCAGCCACAUCUUCUGGACUCAUGGGGACCUUGUAAGUGGCCUCUAUCAGCAGAUCCUGCUGUCCCUGCAGAAGGUCUUGGCAGAUCCUGUGAGGCCUCUCUGCUCUCACUACGGGGCUGUGGUGGGGCUGCAUGCCCUUGGCUGGAAGGCAGUAGAGCGAGUCCUGUACCCACACCUGUCCACUUACUGGACAAAUCUGCAGGCUGUGCUAGAUGAUUAUUCAGUAUCGAAUGCCCAGGUUAAAGCAGAUGGGCACAAAGUCUAUGGAGCCAUUCUGGUGGCUGUAGAACGACUGCUGAAGAUGAAGGCCCAGGCAGCAGAGCCCAACAAGGGUGGGCCAGGCAGCAGGGGGUGCCGGCGCUCAGACGACCUGCCCUGGGACAGCCUUCUCCUGCAGGAGUCUCCCUCCGGGGGCAGCGCUGAGCCAGGCUUUGGGUCUGGUCUCCCGCUGCCGCCAGGAGGCGCGGGGCCGGAGGCUCCUUCCCCUUCGGUGACCCUGGCGGACAUCUACCGGGAGCUCUACGCCUUCUUCGGUGACAGCUUGGCCACCCGCUUUGGCACGGGUCAGCCCGCGCCCACGGCCCCGCGGCCGCCUGGGGACAAGAAGGAGCCGGCGGCCGCCCCGGACUCGGUGCGGAAGAUGCCGCAGCUGACCGCCAACGCCAUGGUCAGCCCGCAGGGCGACGAGAGCCCCCGGGGCGGAGGCCCCCCGUCGGCCUCUGCUCCCACCGCCUCUGAGAGCAGGCCGCUGCCGCGCGUGCACCGGGCGCGAGGGGCGCCCCGGCAGCAGGGCCCGGGCGCCGGCACACGCGACGUCUUCCAGAAGAGCCGUUUCGCCCCGCGCGGUGCCCCUCACUUCCGUUUCAUCAUCGCCGGGCGGCAAGCAGGGAGGCGAUGCCGCGGGCGCCUCUUCCAGACUGCCUUCCCCGCGCCGUACGGGCCCAGCCCGGCCUCUCGUUACGUGCAGAAGCUGCCCAUGAUCGGCCGCACCGGCCGCCCGGCCCGCCGCUGGGCGCUCUCGGACUACUCGCUGUACCUGCCGCUUUGAGGCGGCGCUGGCCUCCGAGAAUAAAUCUCGCGCCCGGAAGUGA